GGACCUGCCAAGAAAAUAUAUAAACCCCAGCACCUCAUCGACGGAUGAGAAAUAUGCAAUACAACACAAGCCAAGCUUUCGGACAACUACCGACAUCAUUACCUUGACCCCAGACUCCAUUUAUCCGAUUAUAUCCACCCAAGCAACUCAUAAUGCAGUUUAUUGUCCAUAUUGCCCUUGCUGGCGCUGCCUUGCUUAACGGCGCCAAUGCUGCUCCCGCCGAGCCAACUACACUACCGGGUCACAUAGUAUGCACCAGUGUCACAACCAUUACAACCACGGUUCCCCCUGUCGGGGUCUGCCACCCUGUGUGUCUCUCACCAACUAGGACCUGUAGCUUCGGCGAGCCUACCGCUCCCCCUCUACCUACCAUCACGACCAGCACCCUCCCCUCCUGUACAAAGGAGGUGGUGGUACAUGGGCAAUGCGGCGAGUGCGCUACUUGCCUCCCUGCCCCGACCCCGACCCCUUUGGCCUAAGUUUAUAAGCUACGCAGAUGGCGUGUAGUUCUUUAGCAGCUUCCAAAAAAAAAAGUCAGUAUACGAAGACUGUAGCUGUAAGGGAUAGUUUAUAGGCAGUAUCGGCAAGGAGUAGAGCUCAAGCUUCACAGCACGGGAUAGGAGGAAAGUAAAUAGGAAAAGGCUUC